AUGCUGAUAGUGCCCUACGCCCACCACGCAGACUCAUUGCCAGACCCUAAGUUCAAGGUGUACAAUCUCAAUCCAGCGCUUCUGACUGCACCCUACUUUCUGUGGCAAUGCCACGAGCUCGCAUACGACAGCAACCAGAUUAUCGGUGUGCAGGAGACAAUUGUUGAGCAUUUCGACGUGUACGAGCACUGGCUUUUGACGGGUGAGCUCCUACUCACCGGCGAAGUAGGCGAAGCCAAGAUGGUCGUUCCUACCCAAGGUAAAAUGAGUGCAGGCUAUGACAAACUACUCUCAUGUUGCAGCCUCGCUAGUGUCCUCGGCGAUGACAUCUUCCUUGACGCCCUCGUUACCCAUCUCAUCCACUUGCUCCGUCAAGCCAAGGGCCUCCAGUCUCAAUUUAUCCGUCUUCUCACGCACGGUCGUAUUGAACAGAUCAUCGCGGAGGCUGGCGUGGGUUCAGGUUUCUUCAAGUUGGUUGCACAUGCUUACGCACGCUUUGCUACUGUCGACGAGAUACGAGUGCUUGCAUUCUCGAACUACAACAUGUACUUCAAGAGCCAGGUCAUGCAGAGCAUGGCUGGCAUGCGGACCCAUCAGCACAUGGAUGGGAACGAGGCGAAUAACUUCGUGGUCGGAACUUGUCAUUACCACACUCACGGCUUCUACGAAGCUUGCACUCAGCCCAAGAAGUGA